CCGUGCGUGGGGUUUCCCGGCGUUGUCCACAGGGUUACCGCGCCCAUCUCUGCUCGAUGGCUGAAGGAUUCUGAGGGGGACGGUGAUUAGUAAGCGUUUGUUUUGUGGUAUUUGACACGGAAGACGGGCUCUGAAGGCCGUGCACGGGAAUAAAGUAUCCAAGACACCAAGAGAAUAUCCAAGAGGCCGCUCCGCAGCUGCCACCCUUCCCCGUCACCGCCCAGCACGUCUCCUUUUACCCCCUCAUCCUCCCCGACCCCUCGUUACCUUUCGCACGCCCUCAUAGCUCGGUUUAAGACACUGGUCUUUGGGGGAAGGGGACAACUGACUAGCAAAUAAAUAAAUACUUAACUUCAUCUGGAAAAAGGGACAACAGGAGGCCGAGGAGUGGGACUGAACAGGAGAAAGGGAACCGUACACCUUCGGCGUUGAUGAGCACAUAUUGGCCUGUCAGCAGAUUUGAGUGCUGGUGGUGGUAGUAAAUCUCCAUUUUCUUUGAAGAAAAAUGAGUGAACUCGAUCAGCUACGCCAGGAGGCAGAACAGCUCAAAAACCAAAUCAGAGAUGCUAGGAAAGCCUGCGCAGAUGCCACUCUGGCUCAGAUCACAGCUAAUAUUGAUCCAGUGGGUCGAAUUCAGAUGCGCACUAGACGUACACUGAGGGGGCAUUUGGCUAAAAUCUAUGCUAUGCACUGGGGGACAGAUUCAAGGCUGCUAGUUAGUGCCUCCCAGGAUGGCAAACUUAUCAUUUGGGACAGCUACACCACAAACAAGGUUCAUGCUAUUCCUUUGCGUUCUUCUUGGGUGAUGACAUGUGCAUAUGCCCCUUCUGGCAACUAUGUCGCCUGUGGUGGUCUUGAUAACAUUUGCUCUAUAUACAACCUGAAAACACGUGAAGGAAAUGUGCGAGUGAGCCGUGAGCUUGCUGGACACACAGUUCUUCCCCAAUGGCAAUGCUUUUGCCACUGGCUCAGAUGAUGCCACUUGCAGGCUGUUUGACCUUCGUGCUGACCAAGAAUUGAUGAUUUAUUCCCAUGAUAAUAUAAUCUGUGGCAUCACAUCCGUAGCUUUCUCCAAAAGUGGUCGCCUCCUCUUAGCUGGCUAUGAUGAUUUUAAUUGCAAUGUAUGGGACACACUUAAAGCAGAUAGAGCAGGAGUACUUGCUGGUCAUGAUAACCGUGUAAGUUGCUUGGGAGUAACAGAUGAUGGCAUGGCAGUUGCAACAGGGUCAUGGGACAGUUUCCUUAAGAUCUGGAACUAAAUUCUAUACCCAGUGGACACCUUCGUGACUGGAAGACCAUUCCAACCUUUGAAAAAAUUUAAAUCAUAGCAUAUCCAAUCCAACCAUACUAACUUGGACACCCACUCUCCCUACUCCUAUACAAGGGCAGAAUCCUCUACCCUUGUUUUUUUGCUGAAUCCAAGAGCACAAUUAUUUGCUAUAGGAAGUUUUUUUUUUCUUUCCUUUUUUUAAAUACAGAAUUGUGCAUUCCUUUUGGGACCAUAAUUUCUUUGCCAUUUGUCUUGAAUAAUGAUUUAAACAACACUAUAAAAAAGUCAUAACCAGAAAGUAACUAACAAAAAAUAAAGGAAUUUUUCAGGAGUUACUCUGAAGGUUUUUAGAGAAGUGGCUGGUUUUGCUUAUGUAGACAUGGGUGUUUUGCAGUCUUAGAAUAGUGAAACUGCAACUGUGACAAGAUUUUAAGAUACAAAUUGUUUUGUUUUUUUUUGUUUGUUUUUGUAUUCUUUUUUUCCUUUUUUCUUUAUUCCCCUCUAUUGUAUGGUCCAUUAUGUGAAGAUGGAGAGUGAUAGACCUGCAUGUCUUGAUGCCAUAAACAAGGUCCCUGUCUGGUUUGUUGCACAGAAACAUGGUUGUUGCAAUUAUUUAGACCUUUACAUGCUCUUUAUAAAAGAGGGAAACGACAAAAUAUUUUAGCAACCGUUGGAUAAGUUGCUCCUGUGGUUUAUAUUAAUGCUCAGCAUAUUUUGGUAUGGUGGCAACAUGUCUGGUGUGUCUUCAAAGUAUAGUGUUUUGGAGGCAUCAGAGAAAACCUUACAGCCUUGCUUUAGGAGCUGAAUCUGUACAAAUAUUAUACGGUUGUUAAUAAUGUUUCAACAACAUUUUAAAACUGUCUGUACAACAAAUGUAUAUUAACAGCUUUAGGAAAUUGGAGCAUGUUACAUUGCAGAGCAAUGUGUUGCGGUCGCUCCAUCCGCCGUUCUAGAUUGACCCCAUAACUUCCAAUUGUAAUGAGGUUGGUUGCAAAAAAUCUGAGGAUUGGGUUUUCUCAGUGUGUAUUCUAGGUAUCUGGCAGCAUCCAUGGCAUGUGUGGCACAUUUGUCAAGCACAGCUUUAAAAUAUUUUGUUUUUUCAUGGAACAUUUAUUUAAACAUCAGCAAAUUUGUGAACAUUUCAGAAAAGCUUCCCCAAAAGGAAUCUUGCAGAGUCCUGUUGGUGCUUCAAGCUGUUGCUGGCAUUUUAUAUAUUUUUUUCUUUAAAAAGACAGUUAAUGAUAUUUUUUUUUUAUUUAAUUGGCCUUUGUUUUUUGACGCAUGUCAAGUCUUUAUUCAUUGUAACAUAAACAUUGUUAUAGCUCCCCUACAAUGUGUUCCAGAAAUUACUGGUAAUAAAAUAAGUUAAAAGGGUAUAUUUCACCAACACUAGCCUGGUCACAUAUCUUAGACUAGGAACAGCUGUGGAAGAAUGCCUGUACUUUCGGAUAUACAGUCAGAUGUGUAUGAAAUGAUGUACAAAUUAAUGUUUUUGGAAAUAAUGAUCUUGAACUUUCUAAGUUAAAACUUAUGAAAGCUUUUAUUCUUUUGUUGGCAAGGGGGGGUGUGUUUGCCAUAGGGAUGGGUUUUCCCCUUAGGGUUGCAUGCUGUAGAGUUGCUUAAAAUGUGCAAAUAGAAAAGUCCUUAGAUGUUUUGUUUUUAAUUUUAAAAAAAAAUAACCUGUUUAAAAAAAUGAAAUAACUAUCGCAGUUGUGCUCAUUUUUUUUUAUAUAUAUAUAUAAUCACUGCUACUCUGUGUAUACAUUUUCAAAAGUUCAGUGCAAAAAAUGAGCACUUUGAAGAGUAGCCUACUUCACUUUUUUAACAAAUAAUAAAAAAAUCCUGUUCAAACGAUUGCAUAAAAAUCGAUUUUUCAGGAAGAGUUGGGAAAUGUGAAAUUAAACUAGAUUACUCUUGUUUAAGUUGAUGCUUCUCAGCCAGUUCUAGUAGAAAAAGGAUCUUGCAUCAUUUAGCCCUUCUAAAUUGAAUAUUACCUCUUUCUUGUAACCUAGAUCUGUAAUACAGUACGUUUGCUAUACGGGUCUGAAUUGCAGGAAAGCUGGUAAACGGCAAACUAUUAUUUUGGUAGCUUCUUCCUUAUUGUACAUGAACAAUACUUUUUACCAAUAGUGCUUUUUAUUCUCUUCCCCCCCCUCCCCCUUUUUUUUUUUUUUUUUCUUUUUUUCUUUUUUUUUUUUCACUCUCCAAUUUCUGUACAAAAGUGCUGUAAUUGUGCGUUAGGCCGGGACCUGGCAGAGAAGAUGGCCCCUCCCACUUCUUGCAUAAAUUACUCUAGAGCUGUCUGCACCCCCUUCUUCCUUCACCUUUUGUAUUUAAUUUUAAAGUCAGUGUACUACAAGAACGCUGGAUGCAAGAUAGAUACUAUAUUAAAAUGUACUGUUAUUUAAGAUGUAAUAAAGCAGUUUGACAUGAA